AGUGAGCAGCAGUCGGCCCCCGGGCCUCGGGCAAUGCUGCAGGUGGUAAGUGGGGAGAGAGUCGAAAGGAAAGAAUUGGGACGUGGACAUGGAGUGUCUGAUCCUGGAGGCUGGCCCCAGGAGGCCGAGGCCCGGGAGAGGCAGGAACUGGACGAGGAGAGGAGGAGACUUGAAAGAUUCAGCAGUCCCAGAGCUAACUUGGAGAGCCUGGCUGACCUGGAAACGUUGGUUCAAAGACGGAGAGAAAAGCGACUGAAACGCAGAGUCCCCGCCAGGGCACCCGAGCCUGAGGUCAAGCCGCAGCCCCUGGCCCUGCUGGAGCCCUUGGACCUGGAGGCGUUCCUGAAGGCAGCUGCUGAGAACCGGGAGGCCCUGACUGACAAGUACCUGACAGACGGAGGGGACCCGUCCGCACCACCCCAGCUCCACCGCACGGCCUGGCACUGGGCCUGUCCGAAGGGUCACAGCCAGCUCGUGAACAAGCUGCUGGAGGCGGGUGCCACCGUGGACGCUCGGGACUUGCUGGACGGGCCCCCUGUGUUCUGGGCCUGCCGCAGAGGGCACCUGGACAUCCUCAAACAGCUGCUUAACCGGGGUGCCCAGGUCAAUGCCCGGGACCAGGGGAGGAUCUGGAGCACGCCCCUGCACGUGGCCGUGCGCAGCGACUGCCUGGAGCGCCUCGUCGCCUGCGGGGCCCGCGCUGACGCACAGGACAGGGAAGGGGACACGGCUCUGCACGAGGCGGUGCAGCCCGGCCACUACAGAGCCAUGGAGGUGCUGCUGCUCUACGGGGCCGGGCUGGGCGUUCGUCCCCCGGCUUCAGUGACCCCACUGUAGCUGGCCCAGGACUGGCAGUGGGGCAUCCGGGGAGCACUGCAGGCCCACGUGGGGCACCCCCCGUACCCGGUGCCGCCAACAGCCGAUCCUCGGGGCCACUCGCAGCCACCAUUCCAUCCCGUCACCUCCGCCCCGUGCCACUCAGGCGUCUCACCCGCGUGGUCCCCCCUCGGUCACGACUCCCCGCUCAGGGCCGAUUCCGCGCCUCCAGGCAGCCCUGUCAGACCAGGGGCGGCUCCACGCCUGGCAGGUGGCAGAGCAGCCUCCCUGGCUUCCCGUCCCAGGCUGAGCCGGUCCCCGCCGGGGCGCGAGCUGGGGGCUGACGCAGAGGACCCGGGGCUGGCAGGCGGGUGCAGGAAACAAAGUGGGUCCAGACGAGGGGCCGCGGAGGAGCGUGGGGACCGAGGACGGAGCAGCACGGGAACAGCCUCGAGCUCCCUGGGGCCGGUGCCAGGGCUCCUCGGUGCCCGCUGGUCCCCGGUCCAGGAGGCGGCUAGGCUCUGCCCUCCCCCAGGGCCCUCCUGCCACCAGGUGGUGACUCGGUGCAUGGCCAGCAGCAGAUGCCCUUGGGCGCAGGUUUCUCCAGGGGCCUCCGUGCCUGGCGGGUCUGGCCGUCUGGAGGGGGCUGCUGGAUGGCUUUGAGCACGCCCUGCACAGAAGACCAGCCCCAGCCUGCUUGCCUCAGAAGCUCCAAGGCCGACGAGCUGGAGCUAAUGUUUAUUUUAGGGAAACCCUGUGCCCUCUGUCGAAGGCUUCGGACAGGCCUGCCCGCUGCUCUCUGGUUGGCUAUCUAUCUGGUGGCUCGCCUUGUAGGGGGACGCGCCUGGGUGCUGGGGGUUGCUUGCGGCCCACUCAACUUUUGGGGCGGUGGCCUGUAACCCUACUCUGCCUCCGGCGCUGACGUCACCCCGGCCCUGGUACUGGAGUGCGUGCUCUCACCUGGCCCCUGCAGCCGCGGCCAUGCUGCUUCACCCUAACCCUCGGAGGCAGGACGUGGAGGGCUCUGAACUCACCUGCUCCUUUCCCUCCUCCACCGACUGGGGGUGGCCCGAGGCCCCACCUCCACACGCUCCCCUAAAGCUUCCCCCUCUCACUGUCCUUUCCCAGUCACGCUGCACUGGUGCAGACCUGUGCUGUACUGCUGGCGGGCAGGGUCCUUACAUGCCAGAAGGUGAAUCUGAGAACAGCUCUGCCCUAAACUGAGAACCACAGGCAGAGGGUUGGGCUCCAAGAUGAAGGUUAGCCUCCCUCACAUAAGGAACCUGGGUUGAUAUCUGUUUUGCAGCAGUUAUUUUUAGUCUAACUGGUGGCCUUCUCAGGCCAAGGACAAGGCAAUUUCUAUUCUGUGAAAAAGCUGACAAGAGCUCCCAACAGGGGCCACACGCCUUCCCCUCACAUGGGCAGCUCCUGCCCUGUCCUGACAGAGCCCCGCGCACCCAGACGCUGGGGCCAUGGGAGAAACAGGCGUUCAAGUCCAUGGACAAGACACUUCCCAUCUAGGAAAUGGGGACACUUAAGUGACAGACAAAAAUACCUUUUUAUACCUAUCAGUAUUUUUUGUUCAUUAAAACUUGUUGAUUAUC